CACAUCCGGCCUGCGGAGAGAUAGGUUGGAGAGGGAGGGGGGGUGGUUGUUGUGUUUCCAAAGGGAAGGGGGUGGCGAAGGAGAAGCGAGGGAGCCGAAUAAAGAGCAGCGAGAAGCGGCUGACCCACUUCUUCGAAAGGCUUAAGCUCAAAGGCACAACCAUGAAAGACCCAAGUCGCAGGAGUACUAGUCCAAGCAUUAUCAAUGAAGAUGUGAUCAUGAAUGGUCACUCUCAUGAAGAUGAUAAUCCAUUUGCUGAGUACAUGUGGAUGGAAAACGAGGAGGAGUUCAACAGGCAGAUCGAAGAGGAGUUGUGGGAAGAAGAAUUUAUAGAACGUUGCUUCCAAGAAAUGCUGGAAGAGGAGGAAGAACAUGAGUGGUUUAUUCCAGCCAGAGAUCUCCCGCAAACGAUGGAUCAAAUUCAGGACCAGCUCAAUGAUCUUGUUAUCAGUGACAGUUCGUCACUGGAAGAUCUGGUGGUCAAGAGUAAUCUGAAUCCAAAUGCAAAGGAGUUUGUUCCUGGGGUGAAGUACUAAAUAUAUGAGUAGACUGGGCCCUCUUUUGGUGGAUGUAGCACAAUUUCCACACUGUGAAGCCAGUAUUAGAAGAUUUAAUUGUUAAAACGCUCUCUCUUCUUGUCACUGUGUUACACUUACGCAUUGCCAAAGUUUUGUUAGUCUUGCAUGCUUAAUAAAAGUGCUGAGACUGUUAUUAAGUCAA